UUUGCUUGCAAUCGGAAUCUCUCGGUACAAAAACAAAAAACAAUAAACAAUGAGCGGCUCGCAAUUAUUUCCCGUGAAUCUGAACAAUCUGACGGCCAAGGAGCGACACAACUAUAUCUUAAACAACUACGUGCUCAACUCCCCGGCGGAUGCGGAAUCCCGCCGCCACAAGCGGGACAUCGAUGUGAUCCGGGAGAACCACCGCUUUCUGUGGGAGGAUGAGGAGGUAGACACCGACUCCUUGAGCUGGGAGCAGCGUUUGGCCCUGCGCUACUACAAGAAGCUGUUCAAGGAGUACUGCAUAGCGGAUCUGUCGCGCUAUAAGGAGAACAAGAUAGCCCUGCGCUGGCGGACGGAGCAGGAGGUGGUCACCGGGACAGGACAGUUCCAGUGCGGCAGUCGGCACUGCGGGGAGCGCACGAAUCUGCGCAGCUGGGAGGUCAACUUCAAGUACAUCGAAAAGGGAGAGCCCCUGAAUGCGUUGGUUAAGGUGCGCCUUUGUCCCACGCACACGGACCAGCUGAACUACCGCACCAAGAAGAAGGAGUUCAAGAAGCAACGACGCCGGGAAAAGGAAGAACGCAGAGCUGAGCGUAAAAGAAAGCGUCGUAAAUUGGACGCCGAUCAGGAGAGUUCCACAGAUGGCGAAGCGGAGGAGGAGACGCCUCCCGAGUCCCAGCCAGAAACCAACAAGGAGCCCACAACAGAAGACACCACCACCACGGCGGACGAUCAGAUCUGGCUACAACAACCCGAUCUCGGCCAGGAGCAGACCUCUAGGGAGCAAGAAUUCGAACGCUAUCUGGAGGAUCUCCUCUUUUAAAAUACAUAGCACAUUUAUUUGGAUUCAACGUA